AUGCUGAAAAGGGAUCUCUCGCUUACAAGGCAACUACUCUCCCAACAUCACUCCCAGCUGAUGCCUAAGAAGCGAAGUUCAACUUGGUCGGACCUUCGAGCAGUCACGGCAAAACUUCCAUACCCCAUUGACCAAGAGGAGGUCAGAGCAUCGUUAAGACGCGCUGGAGCCCAUAGAAGACUCAUAAAGGAUUUCGCCGCAAGAGCACAGGUCCUGACGAAGUCAACCCGGUGCAACGUUAAAUAUCCUGAUGUCUGUGAGACCGCGUUCCCGUUUCUAAGAGAUCGAUUCAGGAGUUAUUCUAUGAUGCGCGGUCCUGACUGGAAUCACUCUUUUGAAGUGAUGUGUGAAGCUGGUGACCAUGCAAUCAGAAUAGUACUGAGUCAGAGAAUCCGAGGGAAGAGUCAUGUGGUCCUCUACGCGUCAAAAACAUUGGGUCAGGUGCAAAGAAACUAUGAUGCGACCAAAAAAGACAUCCUACAGGAAUUGAAGGUGCUGGAGUAUACUAACCGUGCGGCCAUCAAGUACCUACCAUCAAGGGAGAAGUCAAACCCGCAAUUGAUCAGAUGGUUACUCUUCCUACAGGAAUUUGAGUGGGAGGCAGUUGAUUGGAACAAAUGUGAAAAUACAGAGGCGAAUCACUAG